AUGGCCACCGAAUUGCAAUCCUUCUACACCUCGUCGACCUCGACGCACAUCUCGUCUCAUGCUCCGGCAGCGGUCGACGAGCUGAUCACGAAAUACUCCUCCACCAUGUCCUCCGCCAACACCUCGGGGAGCCAUCUGGCGACCAAAAACUCUCGUCGAAACAUUCUCCAGCGAUGCUUCGAUCGGGUUCGUCUAGAGUACUAUCGCUACGAGGUGACCUUCGGACUAUACGUGAUGACGCCGGGCGAGAAGCUCGUAGCCAACACUUUCGUCAUGGUCGUCUUUUCUCUUCUCUUCUGGGCUUUGCUCCUCUACUUCCCCUCCCUGCUGUACCAGAAGCUGAGUCGUCUGGUAUGGCUCUUGACGGGACAUAGCAGUGCCGAAAUGGGCGCAGCCUUGGGUAUCCUCGACACUCACGUUAGCUCCAUGUCCGCUCCAUUUCCGACGGAGCAUGCGCUAUCGUGA